AUGGCUUCCAUUGAAAUCGAGUCUUCAGAGUAAGUGUUUUAUUAAUUUUUCACACGGAUUUCUAAAUGACAGCUGUUUUGCAGUGUAAUUCGGUUAAUCGAGCAGUUUCUAAAAGAGUCCAAUUUGCACAGAACUUUGGCAGUUCUACAGGUAUUUUUCAGCAGUUUUAUGAGAUUUUAGACAAUUACUAAUUGAUCUAGGAAGAAACAAAUGUAUCCUUGAACACUGUGGAUUCAAUCGACGGGUUUUGUAAUGAGAUAACCUCCGGAAACUGGGAUAAUGUUCUCAAAACGGUUCAAUCCCUGAAAUUACCUGCCAAAAAGCUUAUCGAUCUCUACGAGCAUGUGAUUAUUGAGCUCGUGGAGCUCAGAGAGCUGGCCACCGCCCGUCUUGUCGCCCGACAGACCGAUCCGAUGAUUCUUCUCAAACAGCUCGAUCCGGAUCGCUUCGCUCGCCUCGAGUCCCUCAUCAAUCGUCCGUAUUUCGACGGACAGGAGGUGUACGGCGAUGUGAGCAAGGAGAAGCGGCGGGGAGUGAUUGCUCAGUCGCUUUCCUCGGAAGUACACGUCGUUCCGCCGUCCCGACUGCUUUCUCUGCUCGGACAGAGUCUCAAAUGGCAGCUCCAUCAGGGAUUGUUACCGCCCGGAACCGCCAUCGACUUGUUCCGUGGAAAGGCGGCGCAGAAGGAGCAAGUGGAAGAGAGAUAUCCGACUAUGAUGGCCAGAUCAAUCAAAUUCUCUACGAAAAGUUACCCAGAGUCCGCGGCGUUCUCCCCGGACGCGAAUUACCUCGUUUCCGGCUCCAAAGACGGGUUUAUCGAGGUCUGGAACUAUAUGAAUGGAAAACUGAGAAAGGAUUUAAAGUAUCAGGUAUUUUUCAAAGAUUUCUCCUUCGAACCCUAUUAUUUUUCAGGCCCAAGACAAUCUAAUGAUGAUGGACGCGGCGGUCCGUUGCAUGUCGUUCAGUAGAGAUUCGGAAAUGCUGGCCACCGGAUGUAUUGACGGAAGAAUUAAGGUUCUCCGCCCUUUCAAAAAUACUAAAAACGUUGGUUUUCAGGUGUGGAAGAUCGAGACGGGCGACUGUUUGCGACGAUUCGAUCGGGCUCACGUGAACGGAGUUUGUGCAGUUCGAUUCUCCAAAGAUAAUUCACAUGUUCUGUCGGGAGGCAAUGAUCAUGUUGUUAGGUGAGAAAACGAUCUGGAAGUGCUGAAAUUUCGAGAAGGUUCCGGAAUUUCCGUUUCUCAAACAUCCCGCACCUAUGUCCGGAAAACAACAACAUUUCCAGUCCAAUUAGCUAAAUUUGUUGUUUACAGAGUGCACGGAAUGAAGAGCGGCAAAUGUUUAAAGGAGAUGCGCGGCCACACGAGCUAUAUCACCGAUGUUCGAUACUCGGACGAGGGCAAUCACAUUGUAUGUUUGCGCAGCUUUUUGUGCAAACGGCCACUCUCGCACUUUUUGACCUUUUUUUACUCGCAAUAGGGACGAUUUUUUAAACACAAAUUCUGCUAAUUUUCCCCUUAAACACGGUGAUUCUUUGCGAGGGUGCAGUGAGGAGAGGGAGAAAUUUCGGCCCCCGUCCCGUGAACUGUCGGCUGCUUAUUUCGCCGGCGGCGCGCAUCUUAAAUUCCUAAAAAUAGGCUCGGGACCCAGGCCUAACUGGCGUGUCCUAGUAUUUCUGGUUCAGCCGGAGGACUCGGCGGAAGCCGUGGCAUAGUAUCCCGGCUCGCGACCAGGGGUGUGCGGAAAAUAUUUCGAUUUUCCGAAAUUUUCCGAUUUUCCGAAAAUGUUCGGCAAAAUGUUCGGAAAAUUAGUGUGGAUUCAAGGUCAAUUUGUCCGAAACCACCGUAUGCUUUUUAAAGGCGCAUCACAAAAUUUUUGGAAGGGUCUAGCAGCGAGCGUCUUUUUCCCGAAAAUUUCUCGGAAAAUCGGAAAAUUUCGGAAAAUCGAAAUAUUUUUCGCACACCCCUGAUUCUCACUGACAAUCGGAAAACACUGGACCCGGAGAGCUUCUCUCGGCUAAUUUUUUUGCAAAAAAAUAUUCCAUUGCUUGGCUUCCGCCCACUCAAGUGAUUUCAAAUCAUAAUAAGCAUUUUUUGUAUUAGAACGUUGUUUAAACACUUUAUUGAACCAAUGAACAAGUGAGUUUUCCGAUUUUUCCGAUUUUUCCGAAAAAAAAAAUUCGGAAAACCCGAUUUUCCGAAAUUUUCCGAAAAAAAAUAUUCGGAAAAACCGAUUUUCCGAAAUUUUCCGAAAAAAAUUUUCCGCACACCCCUGCUCGCGACCCCGGGCAAAAUGGACUAGAAUUUUCCUCGUCACCCUCGCAAACAAUCAUCGUUUAAAACGCAUUGUUCCAGAUCUCAUGCUCGACUGACGGCUCAAUCCGUGUCUGGAACAGCAAAUCGGGCGAGUGCCUGUCGACUUUCCGCGUGGGCGCCGACGAGCAGCCCGUUCUGAAUGUGAUACCGAUUCCGAAGAGUGAUCCCCCUCAGAUGGUCGUUUGCAAACGAUCCAACACCCUUUACGUCGUCAAUUUAUCUGGACAGGUAGAAAUUCAAGAAAAUUACGUCAAAAAUACUGAUUUCGUGUUGCAGGUGGUUCGAACAAUGAGCUCUGGAAAGCGUGAGAAAGGAGACUUUGUUAGCUGCAUACUCUCGCCGAAAGGUUGGAUUUUUAAAAAAACUUUUAAACUCUGAAUCGAUUUUGGGGCGAUUUUCUGUCAAGUUCGAUGCAAUUAUAGCGAAUCUUCUUUUCUUUAAAAUCGAAUUUUUUCAGGUGAAUGGGCGUACGCGGUGGCCGAAGACGGUGUCAUGUACUGUUUCAUGGUCCUUUCGGGUACCCUAGAGACCACUUUGCCGGUAAGUAGUACACGUAGACUUUUGUUAUCAGUUUAGCAAAACCUGGGUGAUAAGGAGAAGGGAAAGUUUAAUGACAGGAAACUCCAUUUCCUCGUUUUUUGGCAUUUGUAGCUUUGUUCUGCUCUAGUCUGGUCCAUUGGAAAUCCACGACUCUAUUUUACUUCUAAUUUUCUCGUCCACCGUCCUCGUUAUCCCCUUCACAAAUCUUCCAAAAUUUCUUCAAAAGUGUCUCACUUCUGCGCAUUCCUGCUUCAUCUCCCCCCCGAGAUAACCAUCAUUCUUCAGUCCGUCCUUUUGUUUCAUCCGUCAAUACUAAUUUUUCAUUACUCAUAUCUUUCUAGUUUUAGAGGCAAUUUUUUCUAGAAAUCUUGCAAUUUUUUUAAAUUUUUUUAAAGUGCUCAAUGAGAUCUUUGAGCCAAUUUCCCGCGGAAAACUAAAUUUCGAAUGGCCCUCAUUUUGCCCUCUAAAUAUCAGAAAAUAGAAGUUCUGUUCAAAAUCCACAAAUUUCAGGUGACGGAACGUCUUCCGAUCGGCCUCACGCACCACCCGCACCAGAAUCUGAUUGCCACGUUCGCAGAAGACGGACUACUGAAAUUGUGGACGGAUUAA